GAAAUGUUUACUCUGUAGAAAUGAGCCAGGUUUGCCGCCGCCGGUGGGCUUCGGUGUGGAAACGCGCGCGGACUCUGCCCCGGCUGCUACACAGUGUAGCUCGGACGCUGUGAGUUUCAAGAAUCUGGUGAAAGGGAGAGAGUGGACAAUGAAAAUGGACAUGGAGGAUGCUGACAUGACUCUGUGGACAGAGGCUGAUUUUGAAGAGAAGUGCACAUAUAUUGUAAAUGAUCAUCCGCUGGAUCCCAGUGCCGAUGGAGGCACCCUAACUCAGGCAGAGGCUUCCUUGCCAAGGAACUUGACUUUCAAAUAUGCAUCUAACUGCAAAGAGGUCACUGGAGUGAUAAGCAAAGAGUACAUCCCAAAAGGAACACGCUUUGGACCCCUGGUAGGAGAGAUCUAUACCAGUGAUACAGUUCCCAAGAAUGCAAACAGAAAAUACUUUUGGCGGAUCUAUUCAAGCGGUGAACUUCACCACUUCAUUGAUGGAUUUAACGAGGACAAGAGCAACUGGAUGCGUUAUGUAAACCCUGGCUACUCUGUUCAGGAGCAGAACUUGGCUGCUUGUCAGAAUGGAAUGAACAUCUACUUCUAUACCAUCAAGCCCAUCCCUGCCAACCAAGAGCUGCUUGUGUGGUAUUGCCGAGACUUUGCAGAGAGGCUGCACUAUCCCCCCUCCAGAGAGCUGACAAUGAUGAACCUCACACAAACCCACGUUAAUCCAAAGCAGCACAGCGCUGAUAAAGAUGAGCUUUAUCAGAAAAGCGUCCCAAAGAAGGAGCACAGUGUGAAAGAAAUCCUGAAAAUGGAAUCCAAUCCUCCUAAAGGAAAAGACUUCUUUCAGACCAACAUUUCACCAGUUACUCCAGAAAAAGACUUGGAUGAUUUACGUAAAAACUAUAGCCCAGAGAGGUGUUUCUUCCCUCGAGUUGUCUACCCGAUCCGACCUCACAUUCCUGAAGACUAUCUGAAAGCUUCCUUAGCAUAUGGCAUGGACAGACCCAGCUACAUUACUCACUCGCCCAUCCAGGCAUCUACUACACCAAGUCCUUCCGGGAGGAGCAGCCCAGACCAAAGUUUAAAAAGUUCAAGCCCUCACAGUAGUCCGGGGGUCACAGUUUCGCCUCUGGCACCUACUUCCCAAGAGCACAGAGAGCCAUACUCUUACUUGAAUGGAUCAUAUGGCUCAGAAGGAUUGGGGUCUUAUCCUGGAUAUGCACCCCCUGGCCACCUCUCACCUGCCUUUCUACCAUCCUAUAACCCCCAUUACCCCAAAUUCCUGUUACCUCCAUUCAAUAUGAGCUGUAAUAACCUGAGCGCUUUGAACAAUAUCAAUGGCAUCAACAAUUUCAAUCUCUUCCCAAGGAUGUACCCUCUUUAUGGCAACCUGCUCAGUGGAGGUAGCCUUUCCCACCACAUGCUCAACCCCACCACGCUCCCCAGCUCACUGCCCAGUGAAGGAGGCCGUCGACUGCUGCAGCCUGAUCAUCCGAGAGACUUCCUCAUACCAGCACCCAACAGUGCCUUCUCUAUCACGGGCGCUGCUGCCAGCAUGAAGGACAAGCCAUGCAGCCCUACCAGUGGGUCCCCCACCGCUGGUACAGCAGCCAGUUCGGAACACAUAAUGCAACCUAAACCUACCUCAGUGGUGUUGGCUGCCACCGGCGGUGAAGAAGCCAUGAAUCUCAUUAAAAGUAAGAGGAAUGUGACCGGUUACAAAACCCUCCCAUACCCACUGAAAAAGCAGAAUGGGAAGAUCAAGUACGAAUGCAAUGUUUGCUCCAAGACCUUUGGCCAGCUCUCCAAUCUGAAGGUGCACCUCCGAGUACACAGUGGAGAGAGACCAUUUAAAUGCCAGACUUGCAAUAAGGGCUUCACGCAGCUGGCUCACCUCCAGAAGCACUAUCUGGUACACACGGGAGAAAAGCCCCACGAGUGUCAGGUUUGUCACAAGCGGUUCAGCAGCACCAGCAAUCUCAAAACCCACCUGCGGCUCCACUCUGGAGAGAAGCCUUACCAGUGUAAGCUCUGCCCAGCCAAAUUCACCCAGUUUGUGCACCUGAAGCUGCACAAACGUCUCCACACCCGGGAACGCCCCCAUAAAUGCAUCCACUGCCACAAGAGCUACAUUCACCUCUGCAGCCUCCAGGUCCACCUGAAGGGCUACUGCCCCGUCGCCCCGGCCUCCGGCCACUCCAUGGAGGACCUGAACCGGAUCAAUGAGGAGAUUGAGAAGUUCGACAUCAGUGACAAUGCUGACAAGCUGGAAGAAGUGGAGGACAAUAUCGACUUAACAUCGAUCGUGGAGAAGGAUAUACUGACCGUGCUCAGGAGGGAAAUGGAAGGAGCUAACCUGAAAGUCUCUCUGCAGAGGAACCUGGGAAAUGGGCUUAUCUCCUCAGGAUGCAACCUUUACGAGUCGUCAGAUAUGUCAGUUAUGAAGUUGCCUCACGGUCACCCACUACCUCUGUUACCUGUAAAGGUCAAGCAAGAAACAAUUGAACCAAUGGACCCUUAA